AUGGGGAGGGCAGCCCCAACUCUCCUGGCACUGCUCAGCCUAUCAGCGACCAUUUGUGACGCCCAGGACACCUGCCCAGAGGUGAGAAUAGUGGGACUGGGUGAUGCUGACCGGCUCGCCGUUCUCCAAGGAUGCCCAGGGAUCCCAGGUGCCUCUGGCCCAAAAGGUGAACCAGGUCUCCCAGGAGCAGAAGGUGCAACGGGAGCCCAGGGACGCCCCGGGAAAGCAGGACCACCUGGUGCAAAAGGAGCAACUGGAGAGCCUGGCUUCCCAGGACUGAAAGAAGCCAGGAACUGCCAAGAGCUGUUGAGUAAAGGGAAGAUCCUGAGCGGCUGGUACACCAUCUACCCCCAAGGCUGCAAUGCCACCAGUGUCUUCUGCGACAUGGACACAGAUGGUGGAGGAUGGAUUGUUUUCCAGAGGCGCUGGGAUGGGUCAGUGAACUUCUUACGAGACUGGGAUUCAUACAAACGAGGCUUUGGCAACCAGCUGACAGAGUUCUGGCUGGGGAAUGACAACAUCCACUUCCUCACCUCGAUGGGACCCUGUGAACUCCGUGUUGACCUGAGAGACUUUGAAAACAACUACUAUUUUGCCAAGUAUGCUUCAUUCAGAGUUUUAGGAGAAUCUCAGAAAUACAAACUGGUUCUAGGAGACUUCCUUGGUGGAAACGCUGGAGACUCCUUAUCAUACCACAAGGACAUGCCAUUUUCAACAACAGACCAGGACAACGACAUGAGCUCCUUUAACUGUGCCACAGAAUACAAGGGAGCGUGGUGGUACAAUGACUGCCAUUACUCCAACCUGAAUGGGAUGUACUGGCUGGGCGUUCACGGGAGCUAUGCUGAUGGCAUAAACUGGAAGACGGGCAAAGAAUACCAUUACUCCCAUAAGCGAACGGAAAUGAAAUUCAGGCCAGUUUAACAUGGCAAGAGGGUGUCUGCCGAGCACCAACAGUUGCCACUCAACAGCCAAGAGAAGACACAAAACAAUGUUGUU